AUGCCGAAACGAAAGCGCACCGUCGCAGAUACCGUACAGAACAAAUUAGAGAAAUACCGAAUCGAUAUCUUCCGAGCGCUGAGCUCUGCAAAGGUUCAUGAGCGGAAGCGCUUCAGCAACAAGCUCCACGAGCCCGGUAUCACAGUCGCGAAGAAGACGAGGCUAGAACGCGAAUAUGCAGCGUUGAAAGCUCUUGACUUGCGGCAGACAGCGCGACACCACCUGCACUCAAAUCUUCUCCGAAUCAAGGCCGUCGAAACGUCGAAGGAUACUCCAGAGGAGCUCCGCGCCGAAGUGCCGUGGCCUGCUCUCUCACCAGAAGAAAUUUCAAUUCGGAACAAUGUCAUAAGCAUACUUUGCAACGCAGGUCCCGUGCGACAAGCUCUGGACCGUGCAGUUGCCGACAUUUGCGAAACCCUUGGCGUGGCCGUUCCUACCAAGUCGAAACGUGUUAGGAACAAGAGAAAAGACACAGAGGAACAGCCCGCGGAUAGGGAAGAAGAUGAUGAUGAAGAUGACGAGGACGAGGAUGACGAGGAGGAUGUAAAACUUUCGGCCAAGUCCUCAAAGAAGCGAGAGGCCGUGGAUGAGGAAGCUGCCGACGAAUCUGAGUUUGAGGGCUUUAGUUCAGAUGCUGAUGAGCCUCGGCCAUCAAUUGAAGAGCUUGAGGGAUCGGAUCAGGAGGAUGCAGUAUCAAAGUAUGCUGAUCUACUAGGUGGAUCAUCCGACGAGGACGAAGAGGAAUUUGAUGAGGAGUUACUGGCGAAAUACAGAGGCACGGAAAAGGUCAACCUGGACGACAUUUCGAUAUCUGGAUCAGGCUCUGAGGACGAGGGUGACGAUGAAGAAGACGAAGAAUUAGAAUCCAUAACUGGCUCACGGUCACCAUCACCACUACCAACCAAAAAGUCAAAGAAAUCAGCCGACAAUGAUGACAGUCAGAAGCCGGUAGUCGAGAAGGCUAAAAAGACUAGAGAGGAGAAGAAGGAAGAGAGGAAGAAGCAGGCUGCCAAGGCCGCGGCGAAAACAGCUCGAUCGGGAGAUUCCACCUUUCUUCCCACCCUCAUGGGAGGCUACAUUUCUGGAUCCGAGUCAGCGUCCGAUAUCGAGGCCCCGCCCAAGAAGCGUCGUGGCCAGCGAGCCCGCCAGGCCAUCUGGGAGAAGAAGUAUGGAGCCAAUGCAAAGCAUCUCCAAAAGGCAGCCACCAAGGGCGGUAGAGAUGCUGGCUGGGACAUGAAGCGUGGUGCUGUAGGCCCAGAGGACCAGGGCCGGGGCAAGCCGUGGAAGAGGGGCGGCCGACCAAAUAAACCGCCGCCAAAGCCGACGAAGAAGGACAACGAAGGACCGCUGCAUCCUAGUUGGGAGGCACGGAAGAAGGCGAAGGAGGCUCAGAAGAGUGUUGCAUUUACUGGCCAAAAGGUUGUGUUUGAUUAG